AUGAAGAAAACCAAGUGCGACGGCAAAAAGCCAUGCGGUAGAUGUUCGCAAGACGACAAGAUCUGUACAUACUCCGAGAAGAAGAAGCACCAGGAGAAGCUAUAUUCCAGUGGCUAUGUCGAGCUGCUAGAAACAAGAAUCGAUAUUUUACAAGAAUGUUUACAGCGUAUUGUAUUUAACCUAGCGAACCAUGAAGAUGUGUCGCAUUUCAUUCCAAAAACAAGAGACUUUUCCAUUAAUCAUCUAGUAGAGCUGUUUGCCAAAGAUCCCAACUCAAGGUUCUCUGGAAGCCAGUUCAACCCUACAGAUGUGUCAGACGAUGAAAGUACAUCACCAGUCAAGUCGGUAGUCGAUGUGGAGGUGGAAGAAAAGCCCAAAAAGAAGAGAGGCAGAAGACGAAAGGUCGAUAUUGAGCGAGAACGGGAAGAGAAACUGAAAAAAGAGAGAGAACUCGAACGAGAAGAGCUUAAUGAAGAAGACGAGGAUGACGAGGACCCUCUAAAGCGAGGAUUAGUAGCUGAUCCAUUGGAAGACGAGAUCGAGUCGAACGACCGCGAGUCACAACCAUCUGUUCAAUAUACCGAAAACGACUCUGACGAUGAACGGGACUUAGAUGACCGCGACGACCAGCAUUCUCCCACCUCUUUACAUAACAUGAACUUGGAACCACAAGUAUCGGCACUGCCCAUUCUAUCACAAACUAUGCCAGCAUUGGACAACGAUAGCCCGUUCUCUAACUCAGAUCUAAUCUCCACCCCAUCUGGUGUUGAGCCUGGGUUCGAUUACAGAUUCGACUUAGGUCAGUACAGAUCGGGAGGUGCUAUUAUGGCGGCUGCUAUUACUGGAGAAUUCAACCCAUCUGGCUCGGAUGGAUCCAUUUCAUCUGUAGCAUCCAGCCCUACAGUCGAGUCCGAGCUACUACCAUGGGACACAGUAUCACCAGCACAACUCAACGACACAACUCCAUCGUUCGGAGGAUAUCAGACGUUCUCAAGAUCCACCGACGACUUACUAGCCUCAUCACCGUCUGCGUCUAUCAUGAGCAGUAGGUCUGGAAGACAGGGCAGUACAAGUUCACAUCACACCAGCAAUAAAGUACACAAAUCAGGAGCUCAUCAUUACCAUCAUCAUCACCAUGCCGGAACAUCGACACCACCGGGAGUAUUCUACACAGGCCAGUCGAAACUACGAGAGAGAUCUCGAUCAAAGACUGAUACAAAAGCACGCAGUAGUGGCAGCGUGGACGAAGAUGUCGACCGUCGUGGUACCUUGUUCAGCGGACACGCCAGAAGCCUUACUUCUGCUGCCACCUUUCCUAUUGCAAGCAGUUCUAUCUACUCGCAACAAAUCCCACAGAUCCCUCAUUUACCAAUACAACCACCAGUCCUGCAACAGACUCCGAUAACCCAAGACAUGGACUCCGGCCUUCUCCUAGCGGACCAACAAAUGGGCACCAUCGACGACCUGAACCUCGGUGAGCUUCUCAUCAGCAAUGAAGGAGUCUUCUACGCCGACGACCAGAACGGCCUGGUCAAAUAA